GCAUUGUCGACGGAGGCGCUGAUCACAUAAUUCUACUUUCGGACUCUUCUCGUUGUGCAUCUCCCUAUUCAUCUCUGGUAUAUGUCGGUAUGAUGCCUAGUCUAUUUAUCUUCAGUCGAUGGUAAAUGUUUGGCUUUGAAAUUCAAUGGAUAGAUGGCUAAAGUGUUUGAAACUCAGCUGAAUUCAGUUUGAGAAUCCUAUUUGAGUUUAAUGCUGUUAUUUAAAUAUAAUUGGUUAAAUGUUUGCAAGUGUGCAUUUGUUAAGUUGUUAAACAGAACUGCGUAUUGCGUGUGAAUCGCAGUGAUUGAAUUCGUUAUUGAUUUUUUUUAUGAAUAGGUAUACCUAUAUAUAUAACCUCUGUGUGGUAUUUGGGAGUUAAGUGAGCACAUUUUAUCGAAAUUGUCAAGAAACAGUUUAGUGUGAUUAAACUGUAAAAGGUGUAUUGCAAGUUCAAACAUGAGUGAUUCAAAAACGGAUGAUGUUCUCAAGAGUACUGGACCUGUGGAUGAUGCUUGGUCCCUGAAGGUUCCUGAAUUUAAACCUGAGGAUAAUCCACAUCGUCUGCUGGAGGAAAGUUCCUUUGCUACCUUGUUUCCCAAGUAUCGAGAACAGUACCUAAAGGAAUGUUGGCCACUUGUGCAAAAGGCAUUCAAUCAGUAUGCUAUAAAAGCUGAACUAGAUCUAAUUGAAGGGAGCAUGACUGUUCGUACCACAAGAAAAACUUGGGAUCCAUAUAUAAUUAUCAAAGCAAGAGACGUGAUUAAGCUCAUGUCCCGAUCAGUUCCAUUUGAACAGGCUGUCAGAGUGCUUCAGGAUGACAUUGGUUCAGAUAUCAUUAAAAUAUCAUCACUAGUAAGAAAUAAAGAAAAGUUUAUCAAAAGAAGGCAGAGACUGAUUGGGCCUAAUGGUUGUACCCUGAAAUCAAUUGAACUACUUACAAAUUGUUAUGUUCUGGUUCAAGGGCAGACUGUAGCUGCACUGGGACCCUAUAAGGGAUUGCAACAAGUUCGACGAAUUGCUGAAGACACAAUGAAAAACAUUCACCCUAUUUAUAACAUCAAGGCUCUUAUGAUUAAGCGAGAAUUGGCUAAAGAUCCAAAACUUAAGAACGAAAAUUGGGAACGUUUCCUGCCUAAAUUCAAUAGCAAAAAUGUCAGUAAACGUAAGCAACCCAAGAAUAAGAAGAUAAAGAAGCCCUACACUCCAUUCCCACCACCACAACAAGAAAGCAAGAUUGACAAACAACUUGCUUCGGGAGAAUACUUCCUGAAGGAGGAACAGAAGCAAGCAAAACGACGCAAGGAACAAGAAGCAAGACACGAAGAAGCCACGAAGAAGAGAGAAGAACGCAGAGCACAGGUAUUCGUAGCACCAGAAGAAAAAGUAUCUGAUACAAAAACUACUGAAGCGAGUGCAGUGAACAUUGAAGAGUUUAAAAAGAAAGUGAAGAAAGGUUUGGGAAAGCGUAAUGUAAAAACUUAACAGCGAACGAGUCAGACUUUUGCUACCUACAACCACCCAUAAAAUAUGCAUAAUUAAGAUGCACUUAAAAAUGAGAAUUAAAUACAUGUAAAUACAGAAUAUCAUUUGGAAAUA